CACACACACACACUCGCUCUCUCACACACUUAGCGUCUCGGCAUGGCACACGCAGCCUCUCAGCUGAAGAAGAAGGCGGACUUGGACCUUACCGCCUUGGAGGAGGAGAAGAAGAAGAAGAAGAAGAAGGUGCGGGAGCCCAAGAAAAAGACGGACAGCAAUGCCAGCUACCUUCGAGCAGCCAGGUCCGGGAAUCUGGAGAAGGCCCUCGACUACCUGAAGAAUGGAGUGGACAUCAAUAUCUGCAACCAGAAUGGGCUGAACGCGCUACACCUCGCCUCCAAAGAGGGCCAUGUGGAGGUGGUGGCCGAGCUCAUCAAGCAGGGGGCCAGCGUGGACGCCGCCACAAAGAAAGGGAACACAGCGCUCCACAUAGCCUCGCUGGCUGGGCAGGCAGAAGUGGUCAAAGAGCUGGUGACCAACGGAGCCAACGUCAACGCACAGUCUCAGAAUGGCUUCACCCCGCUGUACAUGGCCGCCCAGGAGAACCACCUAGACGUGGUGCAGUACCUGCUGGACCACAGCUCCAGCCAGAGCAUCGCCACAGAGGAUGGCUUCACCCCCCUGGCGGUGGCUCUUCAGCAGGGGCAUGACCAGGUGGUCUCCCUGCUCCUGGAGAACGACACCAAGGGCAAGGUGCGCCUGCCUGCCCUCCACAUCGCCGCCCGCAAGGACGACACCAAGGCCGCCGCGCUGCUCCUCCAGAACGACCACAACGCCGACGUGGAGUCCAAGAUGAUGGUGAAUAGAACAACCGAGAGUGGCUUCACCCCACUCCACAUCGCUGCUCACUAUGGCAACAUAAACGUGGCGACACUGCUACUAAACCGAGGGGCAGCGGUGGACUUCAAGGCCAGGCCGCUGUAGCAUGUGGCGUCCAAGAGAGGAAAUGCCAAUAUGCUGCGGCUGCUUCUGGAGCGCGGUGCCAGGAUCGACGCCAAGACCAAGGACGGACUGACUCCUCUGCACUGUGCGGCACGGAGUGGUCAUGAGCAGGUGGUACAGAUGCUUCUGGAGCGAGGGGCCCCCAUCCUAUCCAAAACCAAGAACGGGCUGUCUCCGCUCCAUAUGGCCACACAGGGUGACCACCUGAACUGCGUCCAGCUGCUUCUACACCACGACGUGCCCGUGGAUGACGUCACCAACGACUACCUGACCGCGCUGCAUGUGGCGGCCCACUGUGGCCACUACAAGGUCGCCAAGGUCAUCGUGGACAAGAAGGCCAACCCCAACGCCAAAGCACUGAAUGGUUUCACGCCACUCCACAUUGCCUGCAAGAAGAACCGGAUCAAAGUGAUGGAGUUACUGCUGAAGCACGGAGCAUCCAUCCAGGCUGUGACGGAGUCUGGGCUCACCCCGAUUCAUGUGGCUGCCUUCAUGGGCCAUGAAAAUAUUGUGACUCAGUUGACGAAUCACGGCGCGUCGCCAAACACGUCCAACGUGAGAGGAGAGACCGCGCUGCACAUGGCUGCCCGAGCAGGUCAGGCGGACGUAGUGAGGUUCCUGGUGAAGAACGGUGCGUCCGUGGAGGCCAAGGCGAAGGACGACCAGACACCGUUGCACAUCGCCAGCCGUCUGGGGAAGCCGGAUAUCGUCCAGCAGCUGCUUCACCACGGCGCCAUGCCGGACGCCACCACCACCUCGGCCACACGCCAAUUCACCCACGCCGCACAGGGACAACAAGGAUUGGCAUCUGUGCUGUUCAAUCAAGGAGCCUUGCUCGGGAUCACCACACAGAAGGGAUUCACACCCCUGCACGUGGCAGCGAAGUAUGGGAAGAUCGAGGUAGCGAACCUCCUCCUGCAGAAGAAAGCUCCUCCGGACGCCGCAGGAAAGAGCGGUCUAACUCCACUGCAUGUGGCAGCGCACUAUGAUAAUCAGAAAGUGGCUCUUCAGCUGUUGGACCAAGGAGCUUCCCCGCACGCCGCUGCUAAGAAUGGCUACACGCCGCUCCACAUCGCGGCCAAGAAGAACCAGAUGGAGAUCGCCACCACCCUGCUAGAGUACGGCGCCGACACCAACGCUGUCACGCGCCAGGGCAUCAGCCCUGUCCACCUGGCCGCCCAGGAGGGCAACGUGGACAUGGUCACUCUGCUACUCGCACGAGAGGCCAACAUCAACAUGGGCAACAAGAGUGGGCUGACCCCCCUGCACCUGGCGGCCCAGGAGGAUAAGGUGAACGUGGCCGAGGUCCUGGUCAACCACGGAGCCGCUCUGGAUCCAGAGACUAAGAUGGCAUACACUCCGCUGCAUGUGGCCUGUCACUAUGGUAACGUGAAGAUGGUGCACUUCCUGUUGAAGAACCAGGCUAAAGUCAAUGCCAAAACCAAGAAUGGAUACACUCCUCUUCACCAGGCAGCUCAGCAGGGCCACACCCACAUCAUCAACCUGCUACUGCAGUUCGGCGCCUCCCCCAACGAGCUUACCAUGAACGGCAACACCGCCUUGUCCAUUGCCAGACGCCUGGGCUACAUCUCUGUAGUGGACACACUCAAGGUCGUCACCGAGGAGACCCUGACCAAGGUGACGGUCACCGAGAAGCAUAAGAUGAAUGUUCCGGAGACAAUGAACGAGGUCUUGGACAUGUCUGACGAUGAAGGUGACGAUGCGAUGGCGGGCGAAACGGACAAGUACCUGGGUCCCCAGGACCUGAGGGAGCUCGGAGAUGACUCCCUUCCCCAGGAAGGCUACGUGGGGUUCAGCAUCGGGGCACGGACGGCAAGCCUCCGCUCCUUCAGUUCGGACAGGUCCAACACACUCAACAGGAGCUCUUUCACCCGGGACAGCAUGAUGAUCGAAGAGAUCCUGGCCCCCACCAAGGAGACGCAUCUUGCGGCAGCCAGGGAACACGACACGGACUCUCUGAGGAGGUACAGCUGGGCAGCAGACACACUGGACAAUGUCAACCUGGUCUCCAGUCCUGUCCACUCAGGGUUCCUGGUCAGUUUCAUGGUGGACGCGCGCGGAGGCUCCAUGCGCGGUAGCCGCCACAACGGCAUGCGCAUCAUCAUCCCGCCGCGCAAGUGCACGGCGCCCACGCGCAUCACCUGCCGUCUGGUCAAGCGCCACAAGCUGGCCUCUCCGCCGCCCAUGGUCGAGGGCGAAGGCCUUGCCAGCCGCCUGGUCGAGGUGGGCCCAGCGGGAGCGCAGUUUCUGGGGCCGGUGAUUGUGGAGAUCCCCCACUUCGGCUCCAUGCGGGGCGAGGAGCGCGAGCUCAUCCUGCUGCGCAGCGAGAACGGCGAGACCUGGAAGGAGCACCAGUACGACUGCAAGAUCGAGGACCUCAACCAGCUGCUCAACGGCAUGGAUGAAGAGCUGGAGAGCGCCGAGGAGCUGGAGAGGAAGCGCAUCUGCCGCAUCAUCACCAAGGACUUCCCGCAGUACUUCGCCGUGGUGUCGCGCAUCAAGCAGGAGAGCAACCAGAUGGGGCCCGAGGGCGGGCUGCUCACCAGCAAGACCAUGCCGCUCGUCCAGGCCUCCUUCCCCGAGGGGGCGCUCACCAAGAAGAUCAGAGUGGGACUGCAGGCCCAGCCGGUGCCAGAUGAGGCGGUGAAGAAGAUCCUGGGCAACAGAGCCACGUUCAGCCCCAUCGUGACCGUCGAGCCCCGCCGCAGGAAGUUCCACAAGCCCAUCACCAUGACGAUACCAGUCCCACCACUCUCGGGCGAAGGUGUUACCAACGGCUACAAGGGCGACUCCACCCCUUGCCUACGUCUUCUUUGCAGCAUCACAGGCAAGUGGUUUUCAGUGGAAGGCAAUAUAUUGGAUAGGUGGGAAGCUGUAUGUUUGUCUGUAAUUCCGUAAUUCUCCGGAAGGUUCUGGCUGGCGGACUGCCAUCAGAUCCCUGAGACUGUGGGCCUGGCCACUCAGCUGUACCGCGAUCUCAUCUGCGUGCCCUACAUGGCAAAGUUUGUGGUGUUUGCCAAGAUGAAUGACCCAGUGGAGUCCAGCCUGCGUUGCUUCUGCAUGACCGACGACAAGGUGGACAAGACUCUGGAGCAGCAGGAGAACUUCGAGGAGGUCGCCCGCAGCAAAGACAUCGAGGUUUUGGAGGGAAGGCCUAUUUAUGUGGACUGCUAUGGCAACCUGGCUCCUCUGACCAAAGCUGGCCAACUGCUGGUUCUGAACUUCUACGCUUUCAAAGAGAACCGUCUGCCAUUCUGUGUGAAGGUCAGGGACAACAGCCAGGAGCCUUGUGGACGCCUGUCCUUCCUGCGAGAGAGCAAGCCGACCAAGGUUAUCCCUCAGACAGCUGUUUGCAAUUUAAAUAUCACACUGCCAGCGCUUAAGAAGGAUAUGGAUUCAGAUCCUGAGGAAGAGACUGAAAAACCAGACAGACGUCACACCUUUGCUUCCCUAGCCUUACGUAAGCGCUACAGCUAUCUGAGUGAGCCUGCCACGAAAACAGUUGAACGAACUACAACAAGAACACUGCCUGAUGGUUACGCUCACAAACCUGUCUUUUCAACAAGAUCUUACCAGGCAUGGUCGGCUGCUCCUAUUACCGUCCCUGGGCAAGCAAAAUGUGGACUGGGUUCCCUCGUCAGCUCAUCUUCCACCACACCAUCUGCUUCUCCAUUAAAGUCCGUCUGGUCGAUAUCAUCAUCGCCAAUCAAAUCCACACUGGGAGCCUCCAAUGCAUCCCCAACCAAAUCCGUUUGUGAAGUAGCCUCCCCAAUCCGAUCGUACAGAACUAUUGCCUCCCCUAUUAAGACUGUCGUUCAGCAAGGGCAAUACCCCACACCCGUUUCUGCCAGCCUCAUGUCCUCACCCAUUAAAACUGGCACAGACCCAGCUUCAGUUAAAGCUCUCGCUGCCACGCUUUCCUCAAGAGCUUCACCUGCUACGCAAGUAGGCUCCAUGCUUGACCGAUCGGCCAUUUCAAUGACCCCUCCUGAUUCCCCCAAGUCCAGCAUGAAUAUGUACAGUUCCAGUUUGCCGUUCAAGUCAGUGCUAGCUUCAAUGGCCACUGCUUCGCCCCCCUCAGUUAAAACAAUAUCAAGUUUGUCCACAAUCAAACCCUCUGCUGAUAUUGCUUCAACAUCGAAAGGAACCAUUUUCACCUCUGCCUUGACCUCACCAGCCAAGUCCACAGUUGCUGCUUCUGAAACUAUGCUUAACGGCUCAGUCUCACCUAUCAAAUACCUAUCCCCCUCACCCGCACCUUCCCGUAUUCUCUCAGGAGUUACCAGCAGCUUGCAGGAGAGGAUACAGGCCACAACACAGGCAGCCACAUCUAGUGUAACCGCAGCCAUCGACGAAUCAUUCAACUCUUGCGGAGCAGCAAGUUACAGCGCACUUAAAUCCAUGUCCCCCUCCCUAAGAGCCAGUGUCGCCAGUUCUGUUUACUCAUCGCUUAGAUCCCACACAGCUGCCACCACCACCACAGUGUCCUCCAGUACCAUAACAGUGCCCGUGUAUUCCCUCGUGAAUGUGUUACCUGACCCUCAACUCCCUAGAGCCACUGAAAUAACGCCAACAUCGCGUUCGGCAGCUGCACAACAAACGCACACUCCUGCCCAGUCCUCCAGUCCUAGAUCUAAGACAACCUUGAAAUCCUCACUGUUCCUGUCCCCGACGUCCCUGAAAGCAGCCACUGCCUCCUCCUUGUCCCACAGUCAGGACCUUCUCAGAGACGUUGCCGACAUGAAAGAGGACCUGAUGCGAAUGACUGCCAUACUCCAGAGUGACGCUAGUGCCGUAGCUAAGACCUACCAGUCUCAGGCAGCCAAAGAGGCAAAAGUAGAGGAUGAGGAGCCUUUUAGUUUAGUUGAAAAAGUGAAAGAGGACCUGGUCAAGGUUAGCGAGAUCCUUACAAAAGACGUAAGUGAAGCCAAAGCCGCUGCCCGAGAGAGAGCCUCAGAGGAAGACUGGGAAGAGUUUUCGAAAGAUGAAAUCGAAGAUGCCAGACAGAACGCAUUGAGAUCGCUGCCCACAUUUGAACCCACACUCCCUGUUAGACCACAAUCUGUGCCUGACAAAGAUCUCAAUUUUGCCAAGGUGGUAGACUAUUUGAUGAAUGACAUUGGUGCUAGCUCUCUGUCCAAAAUGGCUGAUGCCAAGUGUAGGUAUGAGGAGAUGAGAAAAGAUGGGGAGGAGAAACAGAAACGUGGCAUCAAGCCUGAGCACAAACUCAAAAUGCCACCCACAGGCAUGCGUUCCUCCCCCUCUGAGAAAGACUUAAGUAAGCUAGCCGAUUCCUACAUGGGCCCUGAAACCAUCCUUGAAUCUCCGGACGAUUUCUCCCAUGAGCAGGACAAGAGCCCCCUGUCAGACAGUGGCUUCGAAACAAGGAGUGAUAAGACUCCCUCAGCACCUCAGAGUGCCGAGAGCACCGGACCCAAACCUCUCUUCACAGACGUUCCUCCAGUUAUUACAGAGACCAGAACAGAGGUUGUCCACAUCAGGAGCUAUGAGCAUCCAGAUGACCUCUGUGAGCCCAUGAUGGAGGAGGCAACAUCAGGGGCAGCAACAGCUGCAGCUAUAGCAGAGGCAUCUGCAUCAGCAUGUCUAGAGCCAGAGCCGGCAGUCGCUUCACUCAAAGAUAAGGUCAAGACCUUUCAGAUUAAGGUAAACACAGAGGAGGAUUACAGCAAAAGUAUGUGCCUGAAAGAGGAAACUCAUAUCACCACCACCACGAGAAUGGUGUACCACAAGCCCCAGCUGACCGAGGGCAGUGGUGACAGAAUGGAGGAAACCAUGUCAGUGAGAGACAUCAUGAAAGCAUUCCAGUCAGGUCGAGAUCCUUCCAAAGAAUUAGCUGGCCUAUUCGAGCACAAAGCUGCACAGGAUUCGAUAAAAGGAGACGAGCUGUCUCCGCGAUUCCUCGAUAAAGACUCAAAAGGGAAACCCAAGGUAGAAAGAAUAAUCGAGGUUCACAUAGAAAAGGGCAACACCUCAGACCCAACCGAGGUCAUAAUCAGAGAAACUAAGAAGCAUCCAGACUACCGCAGUAUGAAAGAAUUACUCGACAAAGCUGAGGGUGAUUAUGAGGUAAUGCAGGAAGAGGAUGACUUUGCUGCAGAGGAGUCACUGCCCUCUUACUUGGACACCUCGAGGGUCAACACUCCAGUCUCUCAGGAAGAGGACAGCCGGCCCAGCUCUGCCCAGCUAGUCGCUGAUGACUCUUACAAGACGCUGAAGCUCUUGAGCCAGCACUCGAUAGAGUAUCAUGACGAUGAGCAGUCAGAACUGAGGGGGGAGUCCUACAGAUUUGCUGAGAAAAUGCUCCACUCCGAAAAGCUAGACACUUCACAUUCUGAUACUGAGGAGGUCGCAGCAGAUCAGGCCCGUGGCCAAGCAGCAGAGGCACAAGGAGCUGAGGGCUACUCUGGUGAGAGAGCGUCAGGCACAAGAAAAGAGACCCAUUUCAAGUCCAAGGAUGCAUCAGAUAAAUCGGGUAAAUUCACUCAGAAGGACGAGCCGUACGACAAAUUGACAGUGUUGCAUUACACAACAGAGCCCGGCAGCCCCAAGCACGCAGUGUGGAUGCGAUUCACCCAAGAUAGGCAAGACAGAAACAGAGAGAAGCUAAUAUAUGAAGAUCGUUUAGAUCGAACCGUAAAAGAAGCAGAAGAAAAACUGAGUGAGGUCUCGCAGUUUUUCCGUGACAAAACCGAGAAGCUGAACGACGAGCUUCAGUCACCAGAAAAGAAGCCCGCAAGGAGGGUGCCAAGAGAGACGCGGUCUGGGCCCAGUUCCAUGUGCAGCAGUCCAGAGAAAACACAACAGAAGAGGGAAGCAAGUAGUGGCGAGGAGUGGGCAAGGGGAAGUAUGAGAGAAUCCUCAGUUGGAAAGUUGUUUGGAAGUGAGAGAAAAAGUGCUAGUGUACCAAGUAGUCCAGAGAGACGUUCUCAGCUUCAAACCAGUGAAGAAAAACCUAAAGAGGACAGUGGAGAAACACCAACGAAAGUCCCACCUCCUGUUGCCGCAAAAUCUUCCAAAGUUACUGCUUUUAAACAGAAAUUUGAAGCUGAGGCACAAAAACAAGAGAGUAGCACCCCACGAUCACCAAAACCCCCAGUCAAAAAGUUUCAAGAGAGUAAAUUACCUGUUUACCAGCCUGUCCAAGGCUCCAAAACAUCAAAAAGUCCCUCAGAGGAAGAGAAAAUCUCACCAAAAAAGGCAGAAGUCGAUAAAAGUAGGACAUCUAAAGGACCAUGUCCUGAUGUCAGUCAAUCUGGAAUAUCUGCCACAGCCCCAAAACAAUCAAUUGAACCACCACCUAAUAAAAAUGCAACACAUUCGACAGCCCAAAAGCAGAUCCAAAGUGACAGUGUCAGAGCUGCAGACAUUGGCAAGGAUGAAAAAAGGGCCUUUGAAAUGCGUAGAAACAAAGACCAGUUACCUCAGAGCAAAAUGCAUGAGUCAUCGAAAAGGGACAGUGGAGUUGACAUUCAAAGUGUGGCAUCCUCUGAGGCCAACAGACUGCUUACAAAAACUGAUACAAGAACUUCUCCUUUAAAGCAGCAAGGACCAAGUGAUAUGUCUAAAAAAGUUGCUUCUCCAGACUGUAUGCCCUCAGAUAGUACUGAGAGUGGUGACAUGCACUCAAAGACCCUCAGAAAAAAGGCUGACUCUCAAAUACCUGUACGCUUAAGUGGCCCAUCAGAUAGUGAUCAAUUCAGUAAAGCUAAGCAAGACACAACAGUAAAGCAGCCAGAGAAGUUACCUUCACAGAUACCCACUUUAACUAAAACAAGAGUCCAGGGUAGAUCUGAACUAGGUGGCCUAAAGUCCCAAGAUUCAACCACUAGUAAGCUCACUGAUGCUAGUUCUGUGGAGGGCAAAGAGAGAGCAACUAUAGUUACAACUCGAGAAGGUUUUAAAGGUCUUAAAUCCUUGCCUGUUUAUGUAAGUGUACAAUCUGGCAAGGGCGACAAAGACUCUGGAGGGCAAAAUGGCAGCCAUAAAAACUUAAUAACUGUAAAACAGAAGCAGGCGACAUCCCCCCAACCUAGCCCAGAUGAUGACACCUUUGAACAGGUAUCUUUUAUAGACAGUUCUGGAAAAAGCCCCAUGACCCCUGAGACCCCCAGUUCUGAAGAGGUCAGCUAUGACCUCAUGUCUCGAACCCCUGAGUCCCUUUUUCUCAUGCCAGCUCGCCCCAGUCCAAUCCCAGAGGUGUCAGAAGAAUCAGAAAGUGACGAGCAGAGGAAAGCUUUCUCUUUCAAAGAAUCUCCACCAGAGAAGCCAAAAAUCAUCACUGUCGCUGCUGAGCCCAGUAAUGCUAACGCUGGUCAGGUUGCUAAGGCAAGGCGAGUAGCUUACAUUGAGUUUCCCCCACCCCCACCCCUGGAGGACCAAUCCCAACCCGAGCCGAAGGGCUCAUCCUCAGAUGCCGAUACAGAGAUGAUGGAGGUGAACCUCCAGGAGGAGCACGAUAAGCAUCUUCUUGCUGAGCCCAUCAUAAGAGUUCAGCCCCCAUCCCCUGUGCCCCUAGGGGCUGACAAGAGUAGCUCCAGCGAUGAUGAGUCAGUUUUUCAACCCAUUCAUUCAAAGAAAUACAAAUUCAAAGUGGAUGAGAAAAAAGAGGAGAAGGAAACCAAACCCAAAAAGCAGGACAAAAAUGGAAACCACAAAGAUAACGGACUUAAUGGAUCAGGUGACGAUGAGUAUGAGCAAAACGGGAAUGACCAGUCUAUAACAGAUUGUUCGAUAGCAACAACUGCAGAGUUUUCACAUGACACAGACGCAACAGAGAUAGACUCCCUCGAUGGCUAUGACCUUCAAGAUGAAGAUGAUGGCUUGAGUGACCAGAACGCAAAGCCGUUCAGCUUUGGAAUUGAUAACCGAAAGGACGUGUGGUCAACAGACAACAUGCUUAGGCCAAGUGACCGUGCUUUUAGUCAAACAAGACUUGAUGUGAUUGAGGAAGAACCACUCCCGAUAGAGGAGGGCAAAAAAGAAUUUGACAAAAAAUUGGAAGAUGGAAACGAAAAUGUAAUAAAUGAAAAACAAUCAAAAUCUGAAGGACAUUCAGAAACGUACUUUAGUUACAAAUUGGUGGAGGAGUUUAACACUCCAUUCAAAACUGUUGCGACCAAAGGUUUGGACUUUGAUCCUUGGUCCAGCAAGGGAGGAGACGAUGAGGUGGUUGAUGCUAGAAUUAAAGAUGAUGAGCCCAAGCCUUUUGGGUUAGCUGUAGAUGACAAGUCACAAGGCACAUCUCCAGAUACAACUCCUGCUAGAACCCCGACAGAUGAAAGCACACCGACAAGUGAGCCUAACCCGUUCCCCUUCCACGAAGGGAAGAUGUUUGAGAUGACUCGCAGUGGCGCAAUUGACAUGAGCAAGCGGGAUUUUGUCGAAGAGAGACUACAGUUUUUUCAGAUUGGCCCCCAGAGUCCAUGUGAGAGGACAGAUUUGCGUAUGGCCAUUGUGGCUGACCAUCUCGGCCUGAGCUGGACAGAGUUGGCCAGGGAAAUGAAUUUCUCUGUGGAUGAGAUCAACCACAUCCGGGUGGAGAACCCCAACUCUCUAACGGCUCAGAGCUUCAUGCUCCUAAAGAAAUGGGUGAACCGGGAUGGUAAAAAUGCCACAACGGAUGCCUUAACCGCAGCCCUGACAAACAUCAAUCGGAUGGAUAUUAAGACCUUGCUGGAAGGGCCAAUAUUUGACUAUGGUAACAUUUCAGGCACACGGUGUUUUGCAGAUGAUAACGAUUCCCUGGAUCAGGCGGAUGGUUACCACAACAUCGAUUUGGAGAUGCAGACCCCAACAGAGUUGACCUAUGAGUCCCCCACCCUGUUCCGUCACGACGAUGUCUUUAGCCCGGACCCCGCUAGCGUAGGCCCCUCGCAGCAUAGCACCCCAGUUAGGCCCAGCGACCUCUCCCUGCCCGGCUCCCCCAGCCUGGACUUGGGACCGGGCGCCGUGUCCAGGGACGGCAAGCCCCCGACCGUGGUGGCGGAGGACACGUCUCUGGAGAGCCACAGAGGAGGGGCCCAAGGAGGAGGAGCGGAGGAGGAGUUCUCCACCGAGGAGGACGCGGCCCCCCUCCCGCUCCGAGACGAGAACGACGAGGCGGCGCAGGGCGAGUCAGAGGCACCGGCACGCGGCAGCGGCCUGAGAGAGACAGUGGGGGAGACCGAGGAGGACGCGGCGGCGGUGGCGGUGUUGAUGACGAUGCGGGAGCCUGAGGAUUGGGCGUCCGGCGCAAACACCCGCCCGCAAGUGGCCACGGGAGGUGGAGGAGGAGGUGGUGGCAUGUCUGGUCAUGCAGAGGAAGAAGAGAGGGAGAUGGAGGAGGACAACGAUGAGGGCGAGAUGACGCAGGAGAAGCUAAAGUCCCUCCUGGGGGACAUUAAGCUGGAGGAAGGCUCAGAGGAUGAGGAGAUGACCGAGGAGAAGGUGCAGGAGAUUCUCUCACAGGUGGAGCAGGCAGAAAAAGACUUGUCUUCACUUGCAGGUUGGCCAGGCGAGCACUCGGGGGCUGGGGAGACAGCGACGGCGGAGGCGGAGGCGGUUGCGGAGGCCUCCAGGACACAAGGCAGUGGAGAGGCAACACCGGAGCGGCAACGCAAAAGCUCUCUUGUGGUCAUCCUCCUCCCGAGCAGCCAGGAGGGUUCUGCGGAGUGUCCACCCGAGGCUCAGACGGAGCGGGUCAAACAGAACGGAGAGCACGCAGAGUCCCCAGAGCACCCCGAUGCGCACCUGCCCCACAGCCAGGCAGAGGCCACCAGGGCGGCGCCAGAGGACAGAAGAGCGGAAGCCAGCAGCAAGGAGGCCGAGAGUUCCACUGGGCCUGAGAACCAAGCACAGGCUGGGGUUCGCAGAGCUGCUGACUCCAGCUCUGAUGAGGAGCAGACCAUCACUACACGAGUGUUUCGGCGAAGGGUGAUUCUGAAGGGAGAGCAGGCCAAAAACAUUCCUGGGGAAUCGGUGACAGAGGAGCAGUUCACGGACGAGGAUGGAAACAUUGUCACUAGAAAAGUCAUCCGCAAGGUCGUCCGGCGCUCUGCUCCCACUGAAGAGAGGGGCAAGAGCCGACGCAAGCGGGGCAAAGGUCGUCAGGGCCCUAAGGCCGAGCACCAGGAGGAGGAGGAGCAGGCCAGGGUGCCUGCACCCGCGCCCCAGAGAGAGCGCACUGAGUCGGGAGACGGAGCCAAGGGAAAGAAGAAGAAAGGAGAGCGACAGCAAGGGAAAAAGGGUCAAUCAUAACCGUCAAUCAUAACCGUCAAAAAGCGCCACAAUGAUUUGAAAUCGUCUCAUAAUUCUUUUUCCUGGAAGGGGAAUCACUGGAAAUCAGCUGAUGGGGGGGACACGAGUCUACAGCUUCUCACAUCCAAACGCAUGGAUUUCAGCAAGAAAGAUGUCUUCUGAGUUCUUACAUUUUUUUCCGCAUGAGCAUGACAAAAAAAAAAAAAGAAAAAGACUCAUCUGUUUCUGUCAACUAUACAAAGCAUCCAGUCCAGGACAUGUAGGUAGGUAGCUGAAGGCUGACGGUUAAGGCCUACCCCAGCUACUAGAGCCCCACACACUGGUACGAUGCAUCGAAAACCUCCACAAGGCAUUACCCACCCCCCAUACCCCCCAAAGCAAUUUUCCGUGACCAAAGAUGGCACAACUUUAAGCAGUAUACCUAUGAGACAGAGACAGUGGGAGGAGCACUAAAUCACCUUCAACACUCGCCUUACGUUGAUCCUCUUGGACCCAUGAUGUCGGGAUGUAUAAUGCUGUUGGAUUUGUUUUUGUUGUUUUUUGUUUUGUUUUCUUUUGGGAUUUUCUUGUAUAUAAAUUACACUGUAUAAAUUCUUUUGAAGAAAAAAAAAAGAAGAAAAAAGUAGCUUACAAAUUGUGGAUGCACUGUCUGGAGUCCUUUUCAGAUAUGAUGACAUGAAAUGAAUUGCCAACAUUGAUUCCAACGAUUAAGGAAAGGCUUGGGUCUGACUUGUAAUAUUGUUAGCAAAUUGAGAAAAAAAAAAGUUUGUAAAUGACACAAAAAAAGAGCUAACUUGAUUUUAACAGCGAGCGUUUCUUUCAAUAACACUGCACUUACUCUUCACACAACACAUCUAAACAUGGGAACAGCCCUAGAGUGCUUCUCACAAUACUUUCUCAGAGUACUAAUAUUUUGAUGCAUGUGAUUCACAUUAUUCAAAUUAUGUUUUUUUUUUUUUUUUCUAAAUUGCAAACACUGCAUUGUGACGUACGUGGAAGGAGGCAAGGUGUGCUGUCUGUGUGUCCACAAUUCUGCCAUAUCUAUCACUUACAACUGUUUUGUAUGAGAGAGGGAAAAGAUGCUACAGAGCAUGACGGAGAAUUUUAAGGAUUUGAAUAAAUGGAUGUGAAUGGGAAUACCUCAGUUCAUGCCUCUUGAUGACACAGCGACUCCUGUGAGGAGCAAGGGAUUCUGGGAAAACGAAUGGGCCUAAAUAACAACCCGAAUGUAUCAUGUAGACCGGCACGCUGUAAACGUUUUAACUGUUAUCAUCUGUAUUGGCUGAAGGAUGUAGAAAUCUUCCACAGCCAAUCAUCUGUGAUCAUUCAAGCAGUGUAUUACUAGAUUUUUUUUUAAAAGAAAGAAAGCUGCUGUGGUUCAAAAGGGGCAUUUUUAUUUGGGUUUUUGUGAAAUUUUAUUUCUGAUGAGAUCAGUUCGUAUGACAGGCACCAACGGCAUUCAUUGAUUAUAGAUCUGGUAACAUACUGUAUGGCAAGAAGAAAACAUACACUGGAUGAUCUAAUUAAUUAUUUAAGCAUAAAAUAAAUUGUGUUUAAACCCAAA